CCAUGCUUCUGGUUCUUGCAUUGAUUCUGUUAUUAUUCUUGGCAUCGCAAUGCCGCUAAAACCAAGUCUUGCCUUGGAAGUACCCCAGUUGAUAUCAGGCACGCCAAGCUUAAUGCUACUGUGAACCAGAAUACUGGAUGUCUUGGACCUGAUACCAUUUGAGCCAGCACCAGUCCUUCAAGGAUGUGUUGCACACAUCGGACCUCCGGCCUACUCGUCAGCAACAUCAAGGAAAUCAGGGUUGGUAACCAUCGGAAGGCUCAUGCAUGUGAGCAUUUGCCUUUGCCCAUAGCCCAACCUCUCCCCGUUACCUUCGGGGUCUCUUCUUUAUGAUUGAGCCUAGUCGGACUACGGGAAAACCAACCUGAAGAUGAAGUGCACAAUCUCUGCGAUAAUUCCCCUAGUCCUCUGGAUUGCGUCCGCGUCUGCGGCAGACGGAGACGAUGGCUACUUUGGCUACCGCCUGGACAAACGCGGCGACCCCGAGUCCGCCAUCUAUGAAACGGCAAACACCGAUCCUGGCGUCGUCCUCAGCGAGGUCCCGGACGUCUACCUCAACGCCUCGGUGAGCGUUGGCAUUAUAGACAUCGAAGUCGACAACAUCACAGCCAAAGUCAAUCUCGAUGCGCAAGUCCUCAAACUCCUGCGCAUCAACGCCGGCGUCGACGCAAGCAUCGACCGCGUCAAACUGACCAUCGAGAACGUGAGCGCCAAGGUCGAACUUGAAGCGCGGCUGGGCAACGUCGUGCGCAUGGUAGACGACGUGCUGACCAGCAUCGACCUGAACCCCAUCAUUGCGACCCUGGGACAGGAGGUGGCCGAGAUAGUCAACAACACGCUCGGCGACAUCGGCGACACGCUCGGCGGGGGCGGCGGCAGCGGCAGCAACUCCUCGGCAGCCAACGCCAAGCGCUCAUCGGAACUGCCCUUCACUAUCGAGCACAACGUGCUCUACAGCGUCAACGACUAUCAAGGCAACGCCCAUCGCAACCGGGUACUGGCGCAAAACGGGGACCUGGUCGACGAGUAUCUCGACAAUGACGGGAACGAGCAGCGCCGCGAGGUCGUCGGCUACUACGACCGCGACAUGACCUUUAACGGACACAACAAGACCAUUGAGGUAGACGGCGAGGUGCGCGAGUACGAGCUGCAGUAUGUCUAUAAUCCCUUCCCGGGGAUUGAGGUUACCAGUUGGAUCUACACGGAUACGGCUGGCAAGGUGACAAGGACUCAGGUCAUUGCUGAGGCGCAGGGAGGGGGGACGAGUACGAUUAGUAAUGAUUCGGAUUUGUAGUGUAAGGAGCUGGAGGUGGGUUGGUGCUGUUGCGGGCUAUAGGUGGUUAGGUAGCGAGUAGUGUCCGGUGCUAGGUGUAUAGGGAUGAAUCCAACCGAAUUACCAGGUAGACUGGAA